UUUGUGGGUAAAGUGAAAACACAGGGAGAGCUGGGGAUAGGAUAGGAAGAGAAAGAGAGAGAGAAGGAGAGGAUGCAGCUGCUGGAUCUUUGCUGCAGGGCCUCACUACUGCUGCUGUUUAUGCCGUGGGCUGGCGGUGAAAAUGAUGCGGAGCUGCAGUCCUUGCAGGAGCUCCUGGAGGCUUUGGAGCAGCUCCAGGAGGAGGAAGGGGCACCAGGCCUGGAAGACGAGCUGGGUGCUGGGGCUGAAGCUGGUGGCUCUGAGUGGGAUCUCCAUGGGCUAGAAAGCAGCCCAGUGGGUGCCCUGCUGCCAGCCCCCAGCCCUCCCCAACCAGCGGAGGGACAGAGCCAGUGGAGGAGCCUCCUCUCCUCCUUCGGACGGAGGCAUUUCUCUGGCUGCUUUGGGACGAGGAUGGAGAGGAUCGGCGCGCAGUCGGGGCUGGGAUGCAAUCACUACAAAGCCCGUAGGUCCCGGGUUUCUGGAGGAGAAGGAGAAGCUGAAGCCGGGACUGGCUCUCAAGCACUGGUCUUGUCCCUCUGCUGGACAGCCAGCCUCUCCCUGGAGCUUCUGGAAUUUGGGGUAUUCCGCAAUAAACCUUUCGUAUGA